CCUACAUGUGCUUGUUUAUUUUUAUUUCUAUAUUUCUAAUCUAAUCUCUUUAGUAUGUCGUUAAAAGUUAUAUUUUUAGGAACUGGCGCUGCCUACCCUUCACCACAUAGGGGGGCUUCAUGUGUUGUCUUGCAAAACGAUGGAGAUAGUUGGGUUUUUGACUGUGGAGAAGGUUCCCAAACUCAGUUAAUGAAAAGUUGUGUGAAACCUGGAAAAAUUUCAAAAAUAUUUAUUUCUCAUCUCCAUGGGGAUCAUCUGUUUGGACUUCCAGGCCUGCUAUGUACCAUUAGUAUGAAUAAUGCCCGUAAAGCACCUGUUGAAAUCUAUGGACCUGAGGGCUUGUGUAAAUACAUUCGAACUUGCCUAAAUCUGUCUCGGUCUUUGUUAGAGUUCAACUUUACUGUAUGUGAGCUUAAAGUACUUGAAAACCAGUUAGCUGAAGACUUGAAGGACUGGGUUGUGGACCAUUCUUCACUGUCAGAAAAAUCUCAUCCAAAUGAGAACCCUAAGAGUCUCAUCUAUCCCGAUAGCAACCAAAUAUGGAGUCUCUUUGAAAAUGAAACGACUUUUGUUAAAGCAGUUUCUCUGAAACAUAGAAUUCCAUCUUUUGCUUUUGUUAUAGAAGAGAAGCCAUUGCCUGGCAAAUUAAAUGCUCAACUCUUAUCUAACAAAGGAAUUCCUCCUGGGCCAGUAUACAAAGAACUAAAAUCUGGAAUGAAAAUUACAUCUCCUUCUGGGGAAGUGAUUUGUCCAGAGGAUGUACUUGGACCACCUAUUAAAGGUCGGAAAGUAGUGAUUGCUGGAGAUUCAUGUGAUUCUAAAGAACUCUUGAAAAUUGGUCAAAAUUGUCACCUCCUGGUUCAUGAAGCUACUCUUAGUGAUGACAUGUUUGAGCAAGCCUUACAGAAUGGCCAUUCCACACCAAGUCAAGUUGGUCAGUUGGCUUUAGAACUUGGUGCAUCGCAUUUAGUUCUAACACAUUUUAGUCAAAGAUAUCAAGUGUUGUCACCUGAAGAGUCAACACAGAGCAAGAAUUCUGGCAAAGACAAAAUAAGUGUGAAGGUAAUUUUGGAAGAUAUUCUUAAAAGUGUUGGUGAUAAUUUAAUCAAAGUUGAACUUGCUGAAGAUUUCAAAGUGGUUGAUGUUAAGCGUCAGGAUUUUGGGCAGAAUGUUUAGAAUUUUGGUUCAACUUCUUGUACUCACAGUUCAAAUCCUGCCAGGGUGAUUCUAUGGACUACACUGAAACCUUGAAAAACACAACAUUGUGUAAAUGUAAGAAAUAAUUAUGACAAAUAAUACCUCUAGAAAUUCUGUGUGUUUUGAAGAUUUUUUUAAAAUUUACAAAAGAACCAUGAAAUACAUAUAUUGCUUUGAAAUCAUAUUUUUUUAAACAGUAGAGUUGUGUGAUAAAAAAAGAGAUAAGCUCCAAGUAAAUGAAGACCCUGAUACAGGAUUCAAA